AUGCCUCUUAGAUUAACAGCAAAAGAAGAAAAAGAAUUUCAUAAAGCGGAGUUAUGUCAUAUUUGUGAAAAAGAAUUUUAUGAAGAUGAUUCAACUGCAAAAAUGUUAAAAGUUAGAGAUCAUUGUCAUUUUACUGGUCAAUACCGUGGAGCUGCACAUAACAGUUGUAACCUACAAUGUAAAAAGCCAAUGAUACUUCCAGUAGUAUUUCAUAAUCUUCAAGGAUAUGAUGCUCAUUUGUUUAUUAAAGAGUUGUCUAAAAUACCAGGCGAACUUAAUUGUAUUCCUUCAACCGAAGAAAAAUAUAUUUCAUUUUCCAAAAAAAUUAAAGUUGGUGAGUAUAAAUCAAAAAAAACUGGAGAAACAGUUUCACUAUGUUUUGAAAUAAGAUUUAUUGACUCAUUUAAGUUUCUUCAAACUAGCCUUGCUAAUCUUGUUGGAAAUUUACAACCAGAUAAUUUUAUUAAUACAAAAGAAGUAUUUAAAGAUCCAAAUCUUUUAGAUUUAUUAACUCGUAAAGGAGUUUACCCAUAUGAUUACGUUUCAUCAAUUGAAAAACUAUCUGAAACACAAUUACCCCCAAAAGAGGAAUUCUAUUCUCGCCUUAAUGACGAAGAUAUAUCAGAUGAAGAUUAUCAUCAUGCUAUUCGCGUAUGGAAUAAAUUUAAUUGUAAAACAAUAAGAGAUUAUCACAAUCUUUACCUAAAGUCCGACGUCCUUCUUUUAUCAGAUGUAUUUGAAAACUUUUGAGCAACUUUUCUCAAACAUUACAAUCUAGAUCCAGCACAUUAUUAUACAUCUCCCGGAUUAGCUUGGGAUGCAUGUCUCAAAGAAACAGGUCAGGAAUUACAGUUACUACAUGAUUAUGAUAUGCUUAUGUUGUUUGAACGUGGUAUACGUGGAGGAAUAACUCACAUAUCCAUGCGCUAUGCAGAAGCGAAUAAUAAAUACAUGGCUGAUUACGAUCAUGAUCAACCUUCAAAUUAUAUUCAAUAUCUCGAUGCCAACAAUCUUUAUGGAUGGGCAAUGUCACAACCACUUCCAACACAUGAUUUUAAAUGGUUGCAUGAU